UAUUUGUCAUAUUGCCAUCCAUGUACGGUUUUGUAAAUUAUGGGGUCCGAUUUCGCCAUUCUUCUUUAGAAAAUCAUUAAGGUCUUCUUAAUAAAUUGUUUGAUUUUCAGUAAAAAAAAAGUGUCGAACGUAUUGUAGUGUGUCUUAUAGUAGUCUACACGACUGCCCUAAAAUUUGUGAGUUUAUUCCACCAUAACUUUGAGUGACUAACAGAUUUGGCUGAAUGGGGUAUCAUUAGAAUAUUACGUAUAUUAUCCCAAGGGAUACUGGCUCAUCAUCCCUAAAGGGAAUAUAAUAUGGAACUUACAGCCAGUUGCACAAACGUCCAUUAACAUUUUCAUUAGUUUAAAGAGACAUUACCCAUACAAAUUUUGACCUUAAUUAGAGUUAAAGGCGGCAUUAAACCAUAAUGGACGUUUGUGCAACUGACCGUUUGUACGUUAGUUGGUAGGCAUUGAAGUAAUGUAAUAUAUUAAGUUUUAUUACAGCACCAUACGUAUCGGAGCAUGGGAGAGAUCAAUACUAUGGGAAGAAAAAAUACAACAGAUUGUUACAAUGACAUUUGAGAAAAAUGAAUUUAAUAUAAUGAUAAUGAUGAGAUUGGCAGAAGGAUUGCUGAUCACGUUAGUCAAGGAGAUCGACAACAGAAAUAUUAAGGCAAUUACUACUUUGGAGAAAAUCUUGAAAGGAAUAUUCCAGGAAUUACAUAUUAUUACUGGAUGUAAUAUGGUAAUGUUUAAACCAAGGUAAUUUUUUACAUACCCUAGUUACAAACACUUAUAUAACACUAGUUUC